AUGCGCCGGCGAUUCCCGCGCGCGGUGACGCUCGCGGCGACGACGUACGUCGCCGCGACGCUCGCGCUCGCGCGCUGGACCGACGACGACGACGGCGCGACGCGUCUCCGGCGACGACUGCUCGCCGCUGACUCGACCACGCCGCUCUGGCGAUACGCGCUCAUCCCGUUCAUCGCCGCCGCCGUGGGCUGGGGGACGAACGUCGUCGCGCUGAAGAUGACGUUCUAUCCGCUCGAGUUCUUCCCGGGGUUCUUGAGGUUUGCGCAAGUGAAAGGGCAGCCGUUCGGCGCGCUCGGCGGAUGGCAAGGGAUCAUCCCGAGCAAGGCGGGAGAGAUGGCGGAGAUAUUGGUCGAUCUCAUGACGAAGAAAUUGAUCGAUAUCAAGGAAAUUUUCACGAGGUUGGAGCCGAAAACGUUCGCGAGCAUCAUGGAUCCCGAGAUGCGGUGCGUGACGGAGGAUAUAUUUGAGACGGUGCUCGCGCGGGAGGCGCCGACGUUUUGGCAAGGAUUGCCGAGAGUGGUGCGGGAGGAGAUGGUCGCGGAGGCCAUGGCGCAAUCGAGUGGGUUGUUGGAAGACAUAAUCGCGGAUUUGAUGGAAAAUGUGUACGACGUGCUGGAUUUGAAGACGAUGGUGGUGACGCUGGCGGUGAAUAAUAAGGACAAGGUGGUCAACAUGUUUCGAGAAGUCGGCGCGAAUGAGUUCGUAUUCAUCGAGCGGAGCGGGAUUUACUUUGGUUUUGCGUUUGGUUUGGUGCAGAUGGUGGUGUUUUACUUUGUCGACAAGCAUGCUCCGGAGCAGGGAGUGUGGUUGCUUCCAUUUUUCGGAUUCGCCGUGGGCUACCUCACGAAUUUCGUCGCGUUGAAGGUGAUUUUCCAGCCAAUCGAGCCAAAGCGCGUGUGCGGCGUCACGUUGCACGGCGUGUUUUUGAGGCGCCAAAACGAAGUGAGCGAAGAGUUUGCGCGCUUGAAUCAACUUCACUUUUGCAACGCCGAGAACUUGUGGGAAGAGAUGAUGAACGGAACGUACAAGGAAAAGUUUGAAGCCCUCGUGCGACGAAACGCCGAAAACUUUUUUGAUAAAGCCAUCGGCUCGGUGACGACGGCAAAGCUCAUCAUCGGCGCGGAAAAGUAUGACGAAAUCAAGUGCACCAUCGUAGACAUGAUUUUUGCUUCGAUUCCCGAUUGCGUGCCCGUGACAUACGAUUAUCAAAACGAAGCGCUCGGCAUCGAGGAUACGGUGCGCGAGCGAAUGCAAAAGCUUCCUGCAAAGGAUUUCGAGCGCGUUUUGCAUCCGGUUUUCGAGCAAGACGAAAUCAAACUCAUCGUCGUGGGUGGGGUAUUAGGCGCUUUGACGGGCGUAGCGCAGUAUUUCUUAGCGUUCGCAUAG